CGCCAACAGUGCAGUCGGUGCAGUGUGGUGGAAAAAGCUAUAAGAAUACAUCGUUAUCAGCGUCACUGAUAAAAGUGUUACGGUGAUAACACAAGAUUCAAGACAUAAAGACAUUAGACAAUUAAAUAAUUCCAGAUGGAAAUAUUUUGAUGUCGAAUUGCUUUUAAUUUUUAGUUCUAAGUAGUAGUUUAGCCUCAAUUAAGUGAAAAUAAUACACGAAUCAAUUUUAAAUGAAGUCUUCAUCAAACUGGCAUAAUAUUAUAAUAAUAUACUAAUUUGUUUCACCGUCAGUAGUUUUGAAUGUGGUGCACUGGUGCACACUAUACUAAUACAGUAGAGAUAUUUUUUUAUUGAAAUAUUUAUAUCCUCUAGAUCAUUAUGAGUAACUCUAGUCCUAAUGUUGAGUCACUUUACAAUAAGUCAUUAAAUCAGUUUUGUGAUUCCAUGAACGAAGACAUCCUGCAAAAUGUGUUAAAGUGGUUACCACCAUCAAUCAGUUUACAAAUGAUAUGGAAGAUCUUACGUGUAAACGACGGCUGCGAAAAGUUUGUGUAUAAUCAUAUGAUCAAAGAUAGUGAGCUUUCUUCAAUUAAUCGAGGACGUGAAAUUGCUCAAAUGUCAUUACAAAAUUCAGGCUAUGUAGCGCCUGUCUCUUAUAGACAGAUGAGUUCUGAAACUCAUGAAGGAUUUGCCACCAUACAACAAACCAAAUUUGUUGAUUGUUAUAAUUUUUCUAAUUAUUUCAACUUAACUUUGUUUUCAAAAUUGGUAGAUGUCACCAAUUAUCGAAGUCAGCUGUUCACUAUUUUCCAGAUUUGUGUACAAAUUAAUGGAUUUAAAUUUCCCCAACAUUUGGCUGAUGAAUGGAUAAAAAUAGAAAUAGAAGAUGACAAUGACAAUAUAAAUGUUCAUCAUAUUGAACAAGGUCUCAAAUUAGGAUUUUUUCUUGGUGAUGCCGGCUGGUUCAGUGAAUGUGCUCUAGUCUUAUCGCAUACAUACAAAAUAAUAACUACAAAAUGGGUGUGUCUUGAUCGAAAUUUAGAACUGGUCAAAAUUAUUCAAUGUCUAACCAAGUGGUUAUUAGUAGUGUCAAACUACCAUAAUUUUGAUGAAGCUAAAAUAGUAUUACAACAUAUGCUACAGACCAUCAAUAUCAUUGAAAAAAUAGAAGGAAGAACAUUGUGUAUAGCGUAUGCAUAUGUGGCCGUUUCACAAUACUACUAUGUAUUAAUGGAAUUUAAUGAGGCUUGGUCAUGGGCAGUUAAAUCUGUCUAUGAACUUCGGGAUAAGAGUGCUGAUAUCUUGAAACUGCUGGUUAUAAGUCAUGCCAUUAGGGUUUGUUCUGUUUUGAACAAAUUGAGUACAGCAAAAAAAUUGAUAAAUCAAUUGCAUACUUACGAAAAAGAAAUUGAUCAGAACAUUCAUGUUGAUAUGUUACUGAAUGAAGCAUGCUACUCAUUAAAAGCUGAUUUAGCAAAAGAUAGUAUUAACAGUUACUAUAUUGCAUUAGACUCUAGAAGAAAUUUAUUUGGGUAUUACAAUUUACAUACUGCAAUUGUUUUUGUUGAUUAUGCAUACGCUAGAUAUGUUUGUGAUUAUUCAACAACUGACUUUAAUGAAGCUAUGCGAAGCAUUUUACAAGGCAUAUUUAUUAUGGAAAAAAUUGGUUUGCCAAAUGAUAAUAUGUUAUUAGUUAAUGCUGGACGGAUAAAGGCAUUGAUACUAGAAGAAAAAGCAUUGGACAUAAUGGAUAGAGGUAUCGAUAUUUACAUUCAUGAUAGUAUACGAGAUUUACAAGCUGAUGGAAUAAAGCGUUUGUUGGAAAGAAUGAAGAAGAACAUGUUAAAUGAAGCUGAAGCCCUCCAUUUAAAAGCGUUAAAAGUUUCUUUACAAGCAGUUGGAGUGAAAGCCCUGCUUACAGCAAAAUCAUACUGCAAUCUAGGAAGACUUUAUCAAAGCCAGGAAAAAUAUACCCAAUCUGAACAAAUGCAUUUAAAAGCUAUUGAAAUCAAAGAAUCAAUUUUAGGUAAAGACAACCCUGAAGUGGCUCUAUCUUUAGGUCACUUGGCUAGUUUAUACACAUAUCAGUUAAAAAAAUAUCAAGAUGCCGAAGAACUUUAUUUACGUUCAAAAACUAUAUAUGAAACUACCUAUGGUCGCCAGUACACAGGAUUACUGUAUGAUUUCCAAGGAUUAGUAGAAGUUUAUCGUGAACUAAAUAAUACUGAAAAGUUAAAUCAAUACAAUGAAAAUUUAUUAAGGUUUCAUGAAACACGUGAAGCUUGGUUACAUCAGGUGCACACUGCAAUUGAUGAAAACUGUACUAAAGACGAUUUAAGUUUAGAAAAAUUUAAAUGCAUACUUAAUGAAUGCGCUUGUGACAAGUAAUAAAUUUAAAUGUAAAAAUAAUUAGAAAACUAAAAAAAAAAAUUCUAUUUAUAAAUAUAAUAUUGAUUAAUAUUUAAUUUUGUGUCUACAAGAGUAAUAUUAAUAAUAUUUUAUUCUGAGUGUUCAAUUAUUCUUUUUUUAUCAUGUUAAUAUUGCUUGUGCAUUACUAUUAUUUUUAAAUUAAUAGAAAUACAAAUUUGUAUUUAUUAAUUUAUGCUAUCAGAUAAUUGUUAAUUUAUUAUUAUUAUUUGAUAUUCAAAUUAAUACCCUGUACAAUAUACUUGUUGUCAUUACUUAAGGCCAGAGAACAUUUACCUGAGGUCCUAAUGAAGGAUUUUUAAGAUGACCCAUGACAAGUAUAUUUAUUGGUUAUAUUACCUAUAUUUUUUAUAUUCAUCCAAUAGUAAUGUUUUUAAAUUAUAAUAUUUGUGUUUGGUCUACAUACAUACAAAUAUUCUAUAUUGUUGAAUAUCAUUGAUGCAUACAUAAUAUUUUUUAAUCACAUUUUUUUAUGGUUAUUAACAAUAUUUUCAGAGUAUAGUGGAGUUAUUUUUUAUUUAGACUUACUUAAUUAUCUGCAAACUGUAUCCAGUUUUGCAAUUGAUUAAUUAAUAUUAUCUAUGAAUAAAUUAAAGUAAUUCCACAUAUUUUUAAUAAGAAAUGUAUAAUUAUUAAAAACAUAAUAAUAUGUGUUAAUAAUUUUAAAUUAAAAAUGUUUUUAAAUUUUAUUUUGUUUAAUUUUAAUAUUAAUAAUUAAUUGAUAUAUUUAAUGUAAUUAUUUAAAUAAGUAAAAUUAAUUAUUAUAAGCAAGCAAUAAUGCGUAUAUAAUUUGACAAUUAAUUGUGUCAAAAGACUAUACUUGCAUACUAGUUGCAUAGUACAAUUUAUAUCAUUAUUUAAUAUUUAUAGAUAAGAAGUUUUUAUGUACCCACUACCUAUAACAUUUUUAGAAUAAAUGUAUUUUCUGAUAACAUAAAAAUAAAUUUAAUG